AUGGGGCAGAGGAGGAAUCUGACCAAACUGUCCUUGCUGUUCAGUCACAUGCUGUGGGAGCUGAAAGCGAUGUUUCCAAGGGGAUAUUUUCAAGGUGACACUUACAGGUUAAAGAAAACUGAGGCUGAGCAGUUUUGGAGGCGUUGCUUUGACACCACGUGUAUAGUGCAAUGGAAAAUGUUCAAAGAACAGCUGAAAAGCGUGCAUCAUUUCGAGGAAGGGAUGGAGUCCAUGGCUCUGAAAUCAACUAUUGAUCUUACCUGCAACGAUCACGUCUCAGUGUUUGAGUUUGACAUCUUCACAAGACUCUUCCAGCCCUGGAGGUCUCUCAUAAAGAACUGGAACUACCUAGCAGUGACCCAUCCAGGCUACAUGGCCUUCAUCACAUAUGACCAGGCUGUAGCUCGACUGGAACAUUACCUGCACAGACCCGGGAGCUACAUUUUUCGCCUUAGCUGCACAAGAAUGGGUCAGUGGGCAAUCGGUCAUGUCACCCCUGAAGGGGACAUCAUCCAGACCAUUCCCCAGAACACACCUCUCUUCCAGGCGCUCACUCUGGGCUUCAAGGAGAACUGCUACCUUUACCCAGACGGCCGCGAUGUGAUCCCCGACCUGACAAGCUUGUGCGAGCCUGCCAACAAGGAAAAAGUCCAAGUUUCAGAAGAGCAGUAUGAGCUUUACUGUGAGAUUGGCAGCACUUUCCAGCUGUGUAAGAUCUGCACGGAGAGAGAUAAAGACAUUCGCAUUCACCCCUGUGGACAUCUCCUGUGUCGACCCUGUCUCACAGGUUGGAAGAAAUCAGCUGGUCACACCUGCCCUUACUGUCGCUGCGACAUCAAGGGGACGGAGUCCGUCCUCAUCGAGCCCUACCUGAAGGGCAGCCAUCGGUGGGAGGAUGAGGACAGCGAAGAUGAAGACGAAGACCACGAGGACAUUGAGGUGGUGGUAAAGGAAAUGGCUGCACUGAGAAAGUUUUCAAGUUCAGACAGCCAAGUGCCCAGCUCUCACAUCAAAGCUCCACCACCGCUCCCCAGAAACGUUGCUGCCCCAAACUGCUCAUCUCCCUCGAGCCAAUCUCAAACAUCAGGACCUUCAAAUUUCACCCACUCUCGUUCUGUGCAGCAGCGUGGAUCGGCCCUUCUGGUCCUUUUUAUGAAAGAAGGCACAAAGAAAAAGAGAAAAGUGGAGCAAGGCCAAGAAAAGACAAAACUGGCUUGGGAGAAAUGA